AUGACAUCCUCGGCUCCUGAACAGUUACAGCCAACGGAGUCAUCUACACCGACAUUAGGAAACAAUAUUCAAUUAGGUCGACGUGGAUCUCGUGUCGAAGGUUCGUCACUUUCACCACCGCAUACGUGGUCCGAUUCGACAGCCGAACAGGAUGAGGAUAGCGCUGAAAGUCGUCAUCUGUUCACGGUGGUUGUCACACUACCUGAGGGAAAUAUCGUCGAUUCAAGAGUGAUCUCGGAUAGCGUGUCAGCCGAGAUGCUACAACCUGGCAACCGUUUCUUCUCGUGUCUCUUAGGAAAAGGCCAGUCUAUUCUUCUCUCAGCUGCUGCUACCUCAACUCGACAACGAAUUUUUGCUCGAAUCAACUGCGGUCCAGCCAACCACGCUUGUGAGCUGCUGUGCGAAUUCGAGCAAAAACGUGCCCGGGUCACUGCGUUGGUCCUCAGGGCCGCUUUUGGACCAAGUACGCCGUUCCACAGUCUUACACUCAAACAGUUAUAUAAAGAUUUUGAUAGCUCAACUUCCCCCUUUUCCAGAUCGAUCCCAUAUCUUGGCCAUUUGCCAACUGAUCUAAUCGGCCGAUCUAUCCUAGCCUUUGUCUACGCUCCAGAUGUACAUGUUAUUCGCCAAGCUCAUGUUGACCUGCACAAUUCGAGGGGAAGAGUCGUGAAAAGUGUUGCGCCACUUCGUUUCGUCGCCUACAAUGGGGCAUUGCUACGAGCUGACACCGAAUGGUCCGCCUAUGUGAACCCAUGGACAAAGAAAAUCGACAUGGUUGUCGCACGACAUCGUAUACUUGAUGCGCCUAUAGGAGAUGCAAAUGUCUUGGACUCCCCCGCGAAUGAAGGGACGCGUGCCAGCCAGCGCCGCGUCACUAUCAGCUGUUUCGGCGAUGCCAAGAUGAUUGAAAAUUGUCACAUCCUGGUCAGAAUCCGCGACCUGCGUGUCAGGAGGUGCAUGGUGUUAGUGCCAACCGCGGCGACGGCGGCGGUGACCGUACCCGCUCUACCCGUAGUGGUGACCCGUAUACCACCAGUCUCGAGCACCUCAUCCUGUCGUGGUUCGGCUGGUGCCAGCAACGGUGACAUCGGAGUCGCUGUUGGUGCCCCUGGUGGACUGAUGUACGACACGGCUGCAGUACGAGCAGAUGGCCGUCCGACGGACCUAGGCGCUUACAUCGAUCGACUUGUGGAAACACUUGUUGUGAACAGUACGACUUGUCAACAACCAAUGAAGUGUCAAACGGCGUCGCAGAGCACAACACCAAUUAAGGACGACGUGCCCGAUUUACCGUUGUCGUACAGUCAAAUCAACUGUUUGGAAAAUGUUCAUCGUUUGCUGAAGUCACAGUCACGACCUGACACUCCGGUUAAGGGAGAGCAAGAGGAUGCUGUUACGGUUACGAUGGCAUCGGCGCCGUUGACACGGGAGGUCCUACAAGCGCAUACGAAACGAUGGGAAGAGCAAUACCGGGACACCUGGCAUCGACGUCUGAAGCGAAUGUCAGCCGAGGUUCUGCCCGGGGCCCCGCCACAUAAGCAUCUGCGCCCGGCUUCGAGUUGUACACCACCUGCACAUUGGCCGACAGCUAGGCGGGAGGAGUUCUACCGUAGCCUGGCUCCGAAUCCACCACCGCCUCCGGGGAUGAACUUCCAGAUCACAACCAUUCCACUGCCACCCAUCGAGGAGAAAAGCACUCCACCGACAUCGUCGACAGACCGAUCGAGUGCUUUCACCCAGGUCCAACCAAAAGCGAUCCCCGUGCGGGACCUCCCCGCACCGAUCGCCCUCUCCAUCCAGGAGCACCCGAGUGUCAUUCAAGCCCCCUGUGAGCCCCUAGUCGUUCCUCGCCUACAAUGGGCUCAUGGUGCCGAGCCACUAGCUCUGAAACAUCGAAUGCUUCCCGAAAGCGCAUAG